UGAAUCAGGAGCAGACAAAAAAUGCUGUUUGAAAAACCUUGUUGGUGUGACACACAACUAAUUACGGCAAGCCACGACCUCCCUGCUCAACUCCACUUUGAUGCAUCCACCUGUAGACAAAUACAAGGUUGUGGGGGGCUGUAAGCUAGGGGGAAAGUGCGUUACUCCAUGGCAACAGUCCCCCUCACAACACAAGAGUUUAUUACUAUUUGUACAUGUUAAAGGUUCAGAUUGGAAUUUUCUUCUGGCAUCUCUGGAGUCAGGAUUAAUAACGGAAGGCAACGAAACUUGAACAAGAGUCAUAAAUAAAAAUGAGAAAAAAGAGUUUAAGAAAGGAGAACUUUUUUAUUAUUGCGCAUUGUAGUAUUGUCAUGUCAUACUUUGUGACAUAUUGUAAUUGUGAAUUGUUAUCAUUCACAUUACACUUAGUGUCCCAGCUGUUUAAAAACACUUUUGGUAUGUUCUAAUAAAUAGUUUAAAUAGCUGAAUAAAUAAAUUGUGUGGCAGGAGGGAUUAUGCAUGCCUCAGUCUUCCCUCUCUUAGUAUCAGAGGUGAAUUUUUUGACCCCAAAAAGGACAAAAAAACGUAGAAAAUGAUGUAUGAAUGGAUGGGAAGACUUUGAAAAUGUAUCAAAAGGUGAUCAGAGUGGGACUUUUGAAACAAAAUUCCACUGUGUUGCAGACCGUGAAAGGAGGGUAUUCAGAAACGAGGAUCGAGAAGAGAAUCAUAAUCACGGGAGAUGAUGAUGUGGAUCAGGAGCAGGCUCUGGCUAUAGCAAUCCAGGAAGCCAAGCAGCAGCAUCCAGACAUGCAGGUGACCAAGGCUGUCGUCGUCAGGGAAACCGAAUCAUCCGUUGGGGAUCGACAUGGGGCCUCAUAGGUACAUCCUUACCCCAAAUGAUGCUCUAUUAUAUAGUGUCGUCUAAAUUCCUUUGAGCUCCAGUCAUGGUGAUUUACGUCUUCCCUCUCUGCAGUCACAGUAUGCUCUGACAAGAGUGCCCCCCUUUGGACCAGAUGUGUCAGUACCUGACUUUUAACUGCAACCUUCUGUCCUGACCAAUGAGUGUCCGCAGUGUCUUGAUGGAGCCUCUUGUUCCUGGUUUAAAGAAAAAAAAAAAAGGACUCCUUUAUUUUCUUCUCCUGUUU